AGGGAUCCGAAGGCGAUAAACACAAAUCCCAUAGGGCAUUACAAGCCUUCUAAUCCCGUACAUAUCCAGGCAGCAGGGUAUGAAGCCUUUGAGUUUUCAGUAUGGGACAAGUAGGAUGUGAUAUGUUCACCAUCAAUUUUCCGUUCUCCUUAGCUUCCUCUUCAUUCCGUGAGCAGAAUUCGCCUCCGCCCCAUUGGCAUCGUCAUUAUCAAUUCUUGCAUAUUCGUAUGAACCAUGCUCCUGGUAUAUAGUAUGCAGCCUCCAAUUGCCAGGUGGAUCAUCAGUGUGCUCCCUGCCCUUCGACGCUCUCUUGGCAUAAAUGCUGGUUGUUAGAUGUACCUGAUCUACGUUCUGCUACACCCGGGAGGAAGUAACAAGCGAGAUAAAAUUCAACAACAACAGAUUCGGAAUGGUUGGAAAUUGCCGGCGUUUGCCGUACAAGCAACAUCGCUUCCUCCGACCCCCCGUGUAUAGGCAUCAGUGGCUUGCUAUGAUGGAGGACGUGCAAGCGGAAGACCUUGAACCAGGAGUUCUAGUCCGUGCCAUGUAUGAUUACCCGGGAGGAGAUCCCUCGGCCCUAGCCUUUAAGAGGGGUGCGAUCAUUGAAGUCUUCACUCAGCUAGACACUGGUUGGUGGGAUGGCGUCUUGGGUGAUGAACGUGGUUGGUUCCCAAGGAAUUACGUUGAAUUGCUCACACAAGAGGAAGCUACGUAUCUGUCAAGCCUCGGGGACCAUGUUGACUCUGGGCAACGGGAACGGGAAGAGGGAAUGCCAACUUCAUUGGUUCCACAAUCUUCACAUAAUUACUUUCAGACUGAUACUCCCACUGAUGGACUGGGGCCAGCAGAUGAUUUUUGGACGCCGCAAGUAAGCGCCAGCGGACAAAUUUUUUACAGAAAUCUGCAGACCGGAGAGGAAGCCCGAGACCUCCCAUCCGAAAACCAUAGCGAAGUCCACGAUGCUGUUGACACGGAACAAGCAACACCCAGAGGAUGGCCCACUUCGUACGAUACGUUAGGGCAUUCUUCCCGCUCCGUGGAUCCGGAGUAUGAAUCAACCCAUUGGGUCAGACGUCUCGCUGAUGAUGGCGUAUCCGUUUAUUGGUAUAAUGUUCAUAAUGGGGAAAUAUCAUGGGCUCAACCGAGCGUGCAAAUCUCUCAGCCCAGAAGCGCUGCCCAGCAUGCCUUUGGCCUCAACGGGGAUGUUGAAGAUGGCUAUCAGGCGCUUCGGCGCGGCUUCACUCAAGAUUUAUUUGGGCUGGGUGACACCGCAGACAAGGUCUUGCGGGGUUCUAGCAUAUACUCAGACGCCUCCGACAUCCAGUCCCUAGCCGAUGCAUCCUUUGACAAUGACCACGUAGACCUUGCCACCGCGACAUUUGGUGUUGGGGAUGUUUUGCCUCAAACUGCUCUCGCUGAGCGUAACACUCGGGAUCUUCAGACCAAACUCGCACCCACAUCGUCCGAGGCUCUGGUGACAUACUCGAAUGCCGCCCGGGAAGCAAUUCGGGAGGUAACUGCAAUUGGUGCUGCGUAUAAUGGACAAGAUUCCUCGCCCACAAACAAUGCUACGCUCGUGAUGGAUCGUGUGACUGAAGUCGUGUUGGCCGUUCGGAACCUUCUCUACAUUUCAGGAACACUUGCAUCACCAUUAUCGAGCCUGAUGCCUCAAACUGUGGAAGCAGCAGAAUCGGUUCGAUCUCCAAUGCUGGAGCUCAAGCCAUUGCAGCGGAAAGUGACUGCAACGCUCUCAAAACUUGUAUUGUCUGCGCGAGCGAACAAGACAAACUCUGCAUGGACACUUUCAGAGGCUGGCCCACGCGUUGAUUAUGAUGCAGCUGAAUUGGAUCGUGCAGUGGUUACAUUUGUGACAGAAGUUCAGCUCCAGACUGCUCAGUCAAGAGUGAAACGUCUUCGUGGGGUGCUGGAAUCUGCCGAAGGGCCUGGAGGCGUUGGUUUGGGCAGUUUUGGUGGGGGUCUGGGGGGGCACUCGAAGGCGCUGGGCUUUGUACCAGCGGAAGAUUCGUCUGAACGUCAGGUUUUAGGGAGGAACUUGUCAUCGGAGUUCAAGGCACUCCGAGCGCGUGUUGCCGGCUCUUUGCUCUGCUUGGACGAAGUUGUUCGUACCUCUCCUUCGGAAGCACAAGCAAACUCUCAGAUCAGGGAGAGGGGGCCUGUUGUUGUCACUGAACUCUCCAGUCUUCUUUCGCUCAUAGAAGAUGUGGACGUUGCUUCAUAUAUUGAUCUAACAGCAUCUCGGCGUGGUGGUUCGAAAUAUGUCACUGCUUCUAAAGAGGCAAGGAUAAUGCUUCGUCAGCUUGAGACGUCUAAGCAAGCGAUGUUUGACGAAGGCAUGCUACUGCUCAUGGUAUGCCAAGAUGUUGAUAUAUCCUCCGAGUUACUUUCCAGCAAAUCCUCUCAAAAAUCUCUUCCUCACAUGGCCAUUCAAAUCAUAUCGUCCAUCCUUGCUCACAUAAACCAGGCCCAAGUGUCGCUGGAAGGCUUAAUAGCCAUUGCGGAGACACAAGCUGAGGCACGCCGAUCAGCUUCCAUGUCACGUCGAGGCAAUCGAGCGAGGGCGCGCGAUACAAUUCCGCCGCGGGCAAAUGGGCACUACUCUGUCCCUAGUCUUGAUAUUGACCCUUCUCUCAUCACAAUUUCUGCCUCAGAUCCGUCGACGUUCAUUGACAAUUUCAUUGGCAUGGAAGAUGCGUUUGGUUCGGGCAAGAGGGCGUUUUCAGACGCAUCCAGCAUGUUGUCGAUGGGUGAUGCGCUGAGUAGGCCAACGCCAGAACUGAAACUAACCGCUGUAGCGGCGUCACAGUCUACUUCUCUUGGCGAAGCUUCAACAAACCCUAACGUGCCUAAUUCAUCAUCUCCCGAACCAUCCGGUAUGAGCACGAGCGCAUCUAACGCUCGACCCGUCACUCCAGACUCAGACGAUGAAUUCGAACGACUAAAAGCAAAGACAACUCCUGUUGCCAAGAAAAACCUUAAGGAAAUCUUGGGUCAAGAUGCUCCUGAUCUAGAGGAGCAACCUUGGUACCUUCGGCCAUCCUACAGGGAAGAAGAUCUCAGACUCAUGCCUGACGGAAGCGUCCGCGGCGGUACCUUGGAGGCCUUGGUAGAAACUCUAACUACCCAUGCUACUCGAGAUAACACAUUCUUUGACACAUUCAUUAUGACUUUCAAGUCGUUCACCAACUUGAAUGAACUGUUUGAUCUCCUCGUUGCUCGUUUUGAAAUUAAACCCCCAGAAGGCAUCACUCCUGAUGAAUAUGAGGAUUGGAGAGUCAAACUACAAGCCAAAGUUCGCAUACGUGCUGUCAACACCAUUAAAGCCAUUCUGUCAGAAGAAGACGUGAUCGGUCCUAAUGAUGUUGCAAUCCUGGCAAGAAUCAGAGAUUUUGCAACAAAAUAUAUCAAAGAGUAUGUUCCAAUGAAGUUACUGAUUAACCUCCUCGACAAUAUUAAUACCAAAGGGCAUGGGGUAACUAAGUUGCCGGUAAGCCAUACGCCGCACGCUGCCCCCGCCCCUGUAGUCCCUCGAGUCAGUGGGAAUCGUAAAUUAAAGCUUUUGGAUAUCGACCCUCUCGAAUUUGCACGUCAACUUACUUUGAAGGAGAGUGAAUUGUUCAUGAAAAUUCGUGCGAUGGAUUGCUUGGCUCGGGCAAAGGACGGUCAGUCUGAUGACGACAGCAUUCGGGCAAUUAUUUCCAUGAGUAACAAGCUUGCUGACUGGGUAAAUGAUGCCGUUUUGUCCAAGGACGAUCCUCGGAAGAGGGCUCUGUUGAUCAAGCACUUCAUUCUGACGGCCGAGCGCUGCCGUUCAUUGAAUAACUUCUCCACAAUGGCUGCCUUGGUUGCUGCCCUCAAUUCACCGCCCAUACGCCGAUUAAAGAGAACAUGGGACGUGGUAUCGAGACGAAAUAUCGCUGUUCUAGAUGACAUUGAGAAAACAAUGCAGCAUGGAAAGAACUUGGCAGAGUACCGUAAUAUGCUGUCCAAAGUGUCGUUGCCGUGCGUCCCUUUCAUCGGCGUAUACCUCACGACCCUCACUUUCAUUCAAGACGGAAUGAAAGACAAGCUGGUCAAAGAAGGUGAUCUUAUCAACUUCGCAAAACGUCUUAAGGCGGCAGCCAUUAUUGCCGAAAUCAAGCGUUACCAGUCUCACCCUUACAGCCUGUCCGUCAUCCCCGUCAUUCGGCAGUUUAUCGAUGACGCUCUCACUCUCGAACAAACAUCUGACUACUUUUGGGAACUCAGCCUGAAGCUCGAACCCCGCGAGCGCGAAGAUGAGAAAAUGGCGAGAUUGCUUCAGGAGUCAGGCUUUUUAUAAAUAACGUGUAUAUUGUGCCAUUAUCGGCCCAUCUCCCCCCUUGGUUACGUCUGUUGCUGGUGGCUUCCAGGCUUGACUAGUGUAUUUCUACGAUGCUUCUUGUAUUUGCACUUUACUUAUGGUUCAUCCGCUGUAUUUACGAAUAUUCCAUA